AGCCCCUCAGCCUACUAAAAGCUUCCCAUCUUCUCGAGUCGCCCUCAAGCAAACGUUCGAUCAAAUAAUAAAGGGUUAGUAUUCACUUCAUCCGUCCAUCGAAAAAUGAAGCUCGUUCGCCGCGAUUUCGUCCCCAAUGGACCCGGCAGCGUUAAGAUGAUUCCUGAGGAGGAUGAUGAUAUGUGGCAUGCCUACAAUUUGAUCGCCGCUGGCGACGCCGUUCUCGCUGUUACCGUUAGAAAAGUUCUAAGGGAGUCGGCCUCUGGAGGAAGAGAUGCUGAAAGGGUGAAAUUAAAGCUGGAGAUUAAAGUUGAGUCUGUAGAUUAUGAUAAGGAGGGUUCUGUCCUACGUAUUCGUGGCAAAAAUAUCUUGGAGUCUGAACAUGUCAAGAUUGGUCAAUUCCACACAUUGGAAAUCGAACCACAUAGGCCUUUUGUGCUAAGGAAGGAGGUUUGGGAUUCAAUGGCGCGAGAUAUCCUCCAUCAAGCAUGUGAUCCUGCUGCAAGUGCUGAUCUAUCUGUCGUGCUGAUGCAAGAAGGAUUGGCCCACUUGCUUCUUAUAGGCAAAAGCAUAACAACAACUCGCUCUCGAAUAGAAACAUCGAUUCCACGGAAGCAUGGUCCUGCUAUUGCUGGCUAUGAGUCGGCUUUAAAGAAGUUUUUCGAGAAUGUCUUACAGGCUUUAUUGAAGCAUGUCGACUUCAAGAUUGUUCGAUGUCUUGUGAUUGCAAGCCCUGGUUUUACGAAGGAUCAAUUCCGUGAUUAUAUGUUGUUGGAGGCAGAAAGGAGACAGUUACGACCCAUCAUCGAAAACAAAUCACAUAUCAUCCUUUCACAUUCAACAUCUGGAUACAAGCAUAGCUUAAAAGAGGUACUGGAUACACCUAAUGUCAUGGCUUUGAUAAAAGAUACAAAGGCAGCACAGGAGGUUCGAGCUCUGAAGGAUUUCUUUGAUAUGCUGUCAAAUGAUGCUGAUCGUGCUUGUUAUGGACCUAAGCAUGUUGAGGUUGCACAUGAGCGGUUGGCUGUCCAAACUCUCCUAAUUACCGAUAGUUUAUUUAGAAAUGCUGAUAUUUUGACGAGGAAAAAAUACGUAAAGUUGGUGGAAUCUGUCAAGGAUGCGGGAGGCACUGUACAUCUGUUUUCUUCAAUGCAUGUAUCCGGAGAGCAACUAGCUCAACUGACAGGAAUUGCUGCUAUUCUCCGAUUUCCAUUACCAGAAUUGGAGGACAUCGAGAUGUGACAGAAGUUACAUAGAAAUAACAAUGAUAAUUCUGAAAGUAGAUGUAUCAUAGUUGUAUACUAUACAAGAUCAGUAUCCAUGAUGUAUAAUUAUUUAGUUUUAUUUUACAUAUCUUUUUUGUUCGGUGUCCAUCCAGUAAGCUUGACCUAAUUUUUGCGUAAAUUCAAACAUCGUUCUCUCAUGUAUGUGCCGGAGUAAAGCUUGCAGUCUUUGUUCCAACAAAUAAGCAUAAUUGCAGUAUAUUAUUUGGUUGAUGCUUUUACGUUCUGAUUUA